AUGACUCGCGCUCUUUUGUCGGUAUGUUCGAAUUUUUCUAAGUCAUUCACUUACAGACGAUUUCACUCUUCGCUUCCGACAAUACGAGGUGCUCCCGUAAAUUUGUUCGCGCUUUUUACUGCCGUUGUUCAACAUGGUGGCUAUGCAAAAGUUACAGAAAAGAAUUUGUGGGAAUCAGUCUCUAGGGCUAUUGGCUGUCCUUCCGCCUGUGUCAACUACAGCAUUGCCUUGCGUCGGGUGUAUUGCCAAUAUUUGGUUGCCUUUGAAAACGAAUCAUUUCCGCAUCUUAGAGGUGAUAGUAUAUGGUCUCAAUUGCAAGACGAAUUUCAAGAAGGCUCUGGAGAUAUGUUCACUCCUCCGUCGGUAGAAAAGAUGCUUGGCAUUGUCAAUCCCAUACCUGCACCGAUUCACUCUGGCAUGCAGCGUUCUGCAACACACAUUGGUUUCUCUGUCAGGGAUCCCUAUCUUAACAUGCGUUAUCCCCAGGAUUUCAAUCGGUUUUCCCCGGCCUACGACCAACUUACUCCCUCUCAGCAGUGGGAGGAACUAUAUUCGCGUCCGCAUCCGGAUAACGCAUUUGAUUUGCGUCACCUCUCCGUCCUGGAGACCGCAGAGAAGUCGCUGAUGUCAGGUCUACCGAACGAGAUUGAUUUAUCGCUCAAUUCUAUUCUCUUCCUCUCCGCUGUGGUCCAUCCAUCACUCGCUACACCUCUGCGUCUCAGCAGCACUCGAAACCUCCUUCAGCUCAUGCUCGCCACCGUGGGCGUGUACGAAGAUGGUAAGUAUUUCGACAGCCCCGCUUCACUGCGUCCUCUGUUCGAAACCCAGCCCAGUGCAUCAAAUCUAGAUUUUAACAAGUUUUGGCAAGAUGUCGCGGGCUGCUGGGUCAACUCCUCCCUACGUGAGGACGCUUUCCUUUAUCGAGAACAUUCCGUACCGAUGGUGCACGACGCUGAGACGGCGGGCUAUCGUGUUGUUCCUCCCCCUUCGCCCGACUCCACAUACGAUCUCUUCUCCCCUUCGUCCUCUCACUCUACACAUCUUUUUGGCGAUUCCCUCGGAAGCAACAUCCACCUCACCCGGGUCCUAACGGUAGCCACCACCCUAGUUAACUGCGUCACCCCGCCUUAUCUUCCUGGGCUGCCACCUCCAUUGGAGGAAGACGACGAUGAAAUCGAGCAGGUGAUGGCGUUUGCUUCGGUAUCGGGCAGGCGUUCAUCGAGUUACUCGUCGGACACAAUCGGGCGCCCGUUGCGCGGACGGAGCCUCUUUCCCGCACCCACCGUCAUCCCACCACUCGCCACGUGGCGCGACAAUGCGCGUUUCCUCUCCUCCCACCCUGUCGCAAUCCGUUUCGCCUUCCUCUGUGCCUACGCUCGCCACUCGGGGCUCCGGCAACUGGGCCUGCAGCUGGUGAGCGCGCUGCGCUACCCCCUCAUCCUAACUCACCCCGCGCCACCUCCUCCCACCGCAUCGGUGGUGCCUAAGCCACUACACCUCAACACCUUCACGGGUAUUGAGCUCAUCAGCGUGCGUUUUCUAGUCCGGUGCCUCCUGCAGUCGAUGGACCGGUGCGAUUUGCUCUCAGGCCUAAGUCUCUUGACGAAUCUACUCCGUGUUCCCGAGGGCGUCAACGUAGAGUGUCUCUUUGCGGGUCUUCCGCGCUCACUCUGGGGACGUCUGAUCCAGUUGCUCUGCCUCUCAGAUCUGGCCGUGGUGUGCGCUGUCCUAGAGGCCCUCUACACGGCCACUGGAAUGGGCUCGCUUGCGUGCACUCGACUCUGGCAUGCCGUCGCCUCGGCUGACGACACGGUGUCUGAACGCUCUCCGGCCACUGUCUUCACCGCCCGACGAGCCUCCAUCCACCUCCGUCCUCUGAUCGCUCUGCUCAGUCUCGAAGGACAGUCUAUGGGAACAGGGUCGCUGCAUCGUGUCAAGUUUGCUUCCUUCCAGGUGAUGCAACGCCAGCCGCAGCCAAUAAUCGCCCAGGUCCCUCCUCCACCUGUUGUGCAACCACCACAGGCACCACUGCCGCAAAUGAUGGUCGCUCCGUCUCCAAUGCACCCGGUCUACCAACAUCAUCUUCAUUAUCCCCAACCGCAUCACCCUGUUCAACCGCCCCCUCCACAAUAUCUUCCCUCCACCGUGCAUCAUCCAGCCCAGUGUUACCCCAUUUCGCCACUACCGGGUCCGCAUUUAGCACCUUCCCGGCCCAGUCCUCAGGUGCAGCCUCGUCCCCUCUCCCCACAUCCACCCUCCUCCCUCGCGAGUCUCCUCGGCACGGCUGCGGCUCCUCCGCGUCCGCCACCCGUAGCACCGCCGACCCUCUGUGUGCCGCCGCAGGUUGCGAAUGUCAAACCGGAAGCCAGCAGCCUCUCCGAGCUGACAGAUCGGCUGCAGAUGCCUCCACCGCAAAUGCCACCACCGAGGCGGACUCCCUCUAAGCUCAACCCAUGCGGUAAUGGCGGUGGUUCACCCAGUCGAUUCUCACUGGUUAAUGGGAAAAGUAAGUUGCCAAAUUCCAGUCUCCGAUUAAUCUGGCCCGCAGUUUGUUCACAAGGCUGCCUUACCUGUUUAGCACCUCCUCAAACCACAGUAAACUCGCCGGUCUCCACUCCAACUCAUCCUCCUCAGUCAAACGAGAAACCUCCUAAGUCUCUGUUAGAAGAAGUGCUAAACGCACCCUCCAAUAAGGCAGCUACCUCACCCCUUGCGUCUCCUCGUAAUGGGCCCCCACUUGUCAACGGCGGUGGCACCGUUCACCAUGUUGCCGGUGGAAACGGCAUCAAGAAGGAACUCCUUUCAAAGUGUCUCUCGACCAAACUUCUCAAUGGUGAAACCACUCCGAUCAAGAAGGCUCACCAACAGGCUAAGGCGGACGUUCAGCAGUUAGUUAAUGGUGUUGCGCAUGAUGAUGGUGAUGAAGAAAAAGAGGAAGCCGACCUCGAGAAGCCAAAGGACACGGAUGACGUGGAGACCCAGGAGGUCGUCGAGAAGGGUUUGAUGGAGGCUGCGACGUUUUUGACGCACUUCCUGCGCUUCAAUCGCCGGGUGGGUUUCUACUACACACGGAAACGGCCCCGUGACUUUGCGUUGCGUCAUCGUUUUCUCAAGGACACCGGCACCGACUCCUCGUUGGUGAAGAGACGGCGAAAUCUCGUGAAAACCGAGCCGCACACCGAUGGAACUGUCGUCUCACCGAAGCCAUCAUCGUCACCACCACCGCCGUCGUCGUCACCACCUCCUCCUCCACCACCCGUGUUCACCUGCGAAUGGGGCUCGUGUAUGCAGCAAUUUCCUUCCGCCAAGCAGAUAUCCUGUCAUGUGUACAAGUUCCAUCUGAAGCCUGAUCUCCCACCCCGUGUCCCCACCACCCCGAUCGAACGUCGAUGUUGUCAAUGGACUGACUGUGCCUCCUCUAACCUCCCGCGUGCCCCGUUCGCUUUGAUUUCCCACGUUCUGGAGCAGCACUGUUCCCCCGAGGAACUGGAGUCUCGGCGUCGGUCAAUGGCGUCUCCCCCUGCGCCGCCGCCGCUGUCGUCGUCUCAGGUGCCACCGCCACACCCCUGCCCGCAGCCUGCCACGCCAAUUCGAGAUCAGUCAGGCUGGGUGGUAAUCAAGGAAGUCGAGACUCGACGUCUGCAGUCCGACCUCUGGGUGUCGCAGGUUGGGUUUAGCGGAAGGUACUACAAUCCCGGCGUUGGACGGAUCGUACCGCCACCCAGAGAAGGGCCCGUCACGAAACACCUCCGAGUUACUGCUGCUCUCAUCCUCCGAAAUCUGGCCAAACACGUUCCCGAGGCCAGACGCGUAUGGUUGCUUGUUAAAUUUUGUUCUAAGUGUGUGUGCGCUGUUAAUGGCAUCUCCAUGUUGCCCUUCCACAGAUGGCUCUUAUCGGAGACUCCCCUUCUCUGCGAGAUCGCAAUGGGCACUUGUCCUGGUGCAUCCAGUCUGCGAACAAAUGACGCGGGUCGUAUCAUCGCCAGUUGUCUAGCUAUAUGCACCUCGGGCAAUUCCUACCCCUUCUCCCCAUCCUUGUCCUCUGAUUUCCACGAUUUCUAUGAUCUCCACACCUCCGGCGAUGAUGGGGACCUUGGCGGUGAUUUGUCCCUCCUUCAGCGUCUUGAACUCAUUCGACGACGAGCCUCCGUCGAUUUGGACGCUUAG